ACAGUACAUUCCUCACACUUCGGCCGUCUACAGCUCAGGAACGGGACACUGAAACGAAACCAGCCGAAGACUCGACGGAUUCAUACCUCCCAUGACACUUCCCAAGGGCACGUAAGGCCAAUGUUGGGUCGAGGUGUGAAGCGGAAGUGGAGCUGCUUGGAGGAGCUGGAGGCUGAGGUGGUCGCGGAAGCCACUAUUACGGAGGAAAAGGAGCAGAGUGGAAAGGAUGGCCAGGAAGACGAGGCCGGGCUUCUCAUUGACCCGUCCAAAUCGGUCAUGAGCCACCUGCAGCAGCGUCAGCGGGUGCUCGGCCUCUGCUUGGAGAAGCUCCAGCGUUAUCAGGCGGGGAUGGAGCUCAGCCUGCGCCGCUCCGUGCUGCUCAUCAAUACUCUCAGGCAGAUUCAGGAGGAAAUCCGGAGUGACGGCGUGGGAACCUGCACCUCAGAUUCACGUCUCAGCAUCAGCGGCGUUCAUGCAGAUGACUCCCGUCUACUCAGGGACGAUUUCAGAGAGGACGUGCCUGUUACGUGCCCUGGGUGUGCCGAAGGAGAUGGGGAAAGCCUGUCUCUGUCUCCCCCACUGUCCCCCGAAUUCCCCUCACAGGAGGCAAUUGACUUCCCCGACCAGCAGAAAUCUCUGCCCGCUGCAGCCAUCAGUACUUUCAGCGAUGCAGUAAAUGCCAUGGGUUACCUCAGCGACCUCGCCCUGGAUGAUAUCUUUGAGGACAUUGACACAUCGAUGUAUGAGACUUCAGAUCUGCCGUCGGCCUGGGCGGCAGGUUCUCUGUGGCCAGUCAGCGUGUCGCUAUGGCCGGACGAGGACGUGAAAUUACGUUCUUCCAGCCAUUCCUCAACGGGGAGCCUCCAGUCUUGUCUCAUGGACCUGAAUGACCUGGACCACAUCAUGGAGAUCCUGGUAAAGUCCUGAUCACCGAGAUGAACUUCUGAACAUUUCCUGUCUUUUUCUUAGGAGCUGCUCUGGCUGAAUUAGGGCUGACAAACUCUUUCUGAUGAACUCUGUCUUUUUUUUCCUUUUUCUUUUUCUUUUAACGGUCUAUCUGAUAGUUUGGCUGAAAAAAUUUCUCAAGGUUGAGCCAGUUUAAGGUGGAAUGAAACACUAAUUCUAAUAUGCACAUGCCUCUUAUGAGGACCUAGUUAUGCACCUAUGCUUGUGCCUCAAGAGAUAUGAAAUAUUUAUUAUAACAGAUGAAGAAUAACAUUCAGAGCGUCUUAUAAAGUUAGACAUCCAUGGUACAACUUUUUUGCACUGUUUUUAAUAGUUAUCAGUCCAAAACUGCUAUUGACAGGAAAAGUGAAGAUCGAAAACUUGACACGUCAGUCGAGCAAAAAUGGAAAGAAAUUAUUCCUGUCUUUGUAUUUUAUUUAAUGUUUUUAAAGUAUUUUUAUGCUGGGGUUUUGGGCUGUUGAAGAGCUAAUUUAUGACAUUUUACUGGCAAACAAAACAAAAAUUCAAAAAAAGAUGUACCUUUUAUUUGUGUAACCAAUCAAUAUUAAUCAAAGAAUUGUAUUUUUAGCUGAAACUUGGUAUAUAACAAUGCCACAAUCAGAAAUGGAUUUUAGAAGGGACAGGAAGACCUGGAAUCAAACCGGGCAGCGCUUUAGCUUUCCAGCUGGUUGUAUUAUGAGUAGGAGUAGAAUAAUCUCUACUAAGAGUAGAUCAGACAUGUUUAGACAAAGUUGGCACACCAAAAGUAUAUUGCAAAACUUGCAAGAGAAGUGUUGCAAUGGGUGGUACUGGACAUGAAAAACUGAUGGCAUACGGCAGUGUUUAAGGUGAAUUUUCCUGGACGUGGAAUCUCACGUUUCCAAGUAUUUGUCACUUUGCUCUCCUGCUUCUGUAACUGCAGCAGUCGUCAGAAGAAACCUGAGCUGCCGUGCUUCGUGCGGUACUCUGACUGUUAGAUCAGGUCUGGGUUGAUUAUUAAUUGAAAUCCCUUCAAUUACUUAAGAGGGCGUGCUUCUGCCAGCCAGGAGAGCCCAGGCCCGAGUUUCUUUUUUCAGUUGUAGGACCGAGCAACUCCUGUUGAUGAAAGAUGAAAGUCUUUGUGGCCGUACAGCAGUCAGAGCAUGGACUAUCUAUCUAUCUGUAUAUUUAUUUCCUUAGUAGAAAGGAGAAUGCAGCCGCUUGUGAGCACUAUAUUGAAGUUGUAUAGAAAGUGUGUGUGUGUGUGUGUGUGUGUGUGUGCGCCGGGGUGGGGUGGGGGGUGUAGAGAGGACAUCUCGAUGCUCCAGUAUAGAAAGGGUAAAUUGUUUUUCUUGUUGCCUUUUUAUCUAAUUUUAUUUUUUAUUUGUGAGUGACAACUGAACAGCAAACCAUAUUACUGUUCUUUCUACAUAGAGUCUAUCGGUUAGGUGUGAGUGUAACUUAUAAUUAAGGUUCUUUCUAAUCUCGGACUGUCAGUGUUGAUGCACUUUGUGACACAAAAUGGGACAAACAGUCAGCACCUGUAUGACAAAUAAGAGUUUUUCCUUCUUGGCAGCUUUUUUUUUUUUUUCUUAGUUUAGUAAAUCCAACAUGUCAUUAACUCAGCAUACAAUAUGUAUUUUUAAAUGGUAAUGUAAUCCCAGUCUGGUUCUGACUGAGGAGCCAAUCACAUCAAGUCAAUGGUCAGGGCACCUUUGCCAUGUCUCAGAGUUUAACCUGAGAACAGAAGCCUUUGUAUUUUGAUGGUUUUUUUUGUUUAUUUCAAUUUUUACACGCAAUGUGGGAGUUGAGCAGUUUUAUACGCGUUUCUACCUGAAACCAAUUUCCUGUCUAGUAGAAGAAAUCCAGUGAGUGAAAGGUCACAGGGAAUCUGACGCCUGACCUUCGCUGUUUGUGGUUUACUCCUGUUCUACCUCCUGAUGUCUGUCUGUCUGCCGGUUUACCUGGAACACUCCCGUUUUCACCCAGAGAGCCGUUUGUGUUUGUCGCUGAUUGAAACGGUGUGGUUUAUCAUUUUAAUUGUGCUGAGAAUCUAACGCUCUCCUGUCAGACCAAAGUGAUCCGUCCUCAUCUCCAUCUCAUUUCAUGUUGACAACGUGCCUUACUACUGAUUCUAAUUUUCAACUGCGCUGAGGUGUUGUGUCUGUGUGAGCUCGAGCUUCAUUGAUAUUUGUUGUUUUUUUGUUCUGUUUUUUGUAAACCAAAGGACUGCAGAAAGGUGUUACGUAAAGCACUCAGAAGCCACGGCUGUCAUGGUUUCUUCCCUUUACUUGGCCUUUUUCUGUGCUCGCUGAACACUACAGGCAUAUGAGCUUAAUGUAUCCUGAUGGGCUGACAGUGAACUAGCUGAGGGAGGAGGUGGCAGCCAGAGCCAGAAGGGGGAAAAUAAGAGGAGGAGGAGGAGGAGGAUGAGGACGUGGAGGAGGGUGGGAGGAAGCAGAUUGCGUCACAUGUUCAGUAGGAGGGGUUUGGAGCUUGUUUUGCCCAGACUUAGACUACAGACCAAUCACAUGAGAUGUACGAGCAGCGCACUGCUGCUCCAACAACAACUUGUUUUUGCUCCUGAUGCCUCUGCACAGACACAGUGUGAAUUGGCUGUACUUCAGCCGGUGAAAUAAAACCACUUUUCAGUUUUUUAUAAAAUAAUUUUACAUAAUCUGUCUGACAGGAUUGAAUAUAAUAAGCAGGAGGUUGCAGUGUUAUUUAUAAUUGUGUGAAAGCACAGAGUGUCAGUAGGUUUUGCAAAGCACAAAGUGUAUGUUGUCAAUGCUGAACAUGAAAAACAACCCCCCCCUCCCCUCCAAUGUAACUGAAGGAAGACUUUGUUCAGUGAAAAGAUGAUCGUUCAUAAUGUAUUGUAUUUGUUUUUGGAAUAUUUUAUAGAUUUUAUCCAACAAUAAAGAGAAAAUGCUCUAA